CACAUUUGGAGCAGAUGCAGUGACAACUCUGAAGACUUUUGUGAACACAGAUAAGAAAAUAGCUAAUUUAAUAAAUCGUAGAAUAUUCCUUUUACAUUGUAGAGCUAAACAACUGAUUCCUAAACAUAUAACGAACAAUUUUAAAUGUUUUUACUCACUUAAAUCAGAGCAGCACCCAUAUUAUGGAGCAAUUGAUAGGGUGUUGAAUAGGUUCAGAAAAACUAUUCUUAGUUUGGAAAUUAAGAUUACCAUUUGGAAACUUGAUAUGUUACAACGUAGUAGAGCUGACCUUAUUGUGAGGGCCAGAUGUAUGUUGCCCAAUGAUGUUUUUGACAAUUUCAUUGAAAGAUCAAAUAAUAAUUUCAACAAGCUUUUCAAAGCUAUUAGACAGAACAAUAGAAGGAAAUUAAAAUAUUUAUCUGCUGACACAUCCAGUUUAAAAUUGGAUACGCAUAAUAAGUUCUUACUAAAUUAUACUACCUUAGACUUACCCGAGCCGGUUAGACUAAUUUUGAGUGCAGGUCCACAAUUCAGUAUACCUUUUAAAUCAGUAAAACCUCCCAUAGCGCCGUUCAUAAAAGAUCUUGAAUUCUGUCUAAACAAUCAACCGACAUUGACAGUCAGAGAUAAAGAUAUCAUUAGGGCUAGAUCAGUAAAUGUAAUAAACAAUUUUUAUGCUGGUCUGUCGCGAUUUAACAGGUUGAGUCCGUUGGAGUGUAGUUUCUUCUUUACUAGAAAGUUCUUGCGGGACCAUCCUGAGAUCUUGGUUACACGCUCUGAUAAGGGCAAUUCCACAGUUAUAACGUAUAAAACUGAAUAUGUACAACACAUGAAAGCGAUGCUGGAGGAUUCUACUACAUACGCCAUUUUGCCCUCUGAUCCCACUCAAAAAUAUCAGAAAUCUGCCAAUAACUUAAUACAGGAAUUAUUGGACACAGAGAUAAUUGAACCCGGUUAUGCCAGAAAACUCAAAAGGCAUAAUUCAGUGAUUCCUAAAAUGUAUGGACUACGUAAAACUCAUAAACCGAAUGUUUGUUAUAGACCUGUUGUGAGUUGUGUUGAUUCGCCCAUUUAUAACUUAGCUUGUUUUGUGCAUGACACUUUGGCUCCUCUCGCUUCAACUUUUACGUAUAAUAUUAAGAACUCACUGGAGUUCGUACAGUUUGCUAGAACAGUCUCGUUGCCACCUGAUUACAUGUUGGUUUCACUCGACAUUGUGUCAUUGUUUACAAAUGUUCCCAAACAGUUAGUUCAGGAUAUAAUUAAAAAGAACUGGUCUGUUAUUUCAGCAUACACGGAGAUACCCUUUAGGCUGUUUAAUAACAUUAUUGUCCACAUUUUUGAGACUAGUUACUUCACCUUCGAUGGCAUAAUAUAUAAACAACUUGAUGGGACAGCCAUGGGUAAUCCUGCCAGUCCGAUUUUGGCUAAUUUGGUUGUGAAUGAGGUGAUUUUUGUUGUGCUGAAUACUUUGAGUUUUAGGGUGGAAUUUUUGAAGCUAUAUGUCGACGAUACUAUUGCGGCUAUUCCAAAAAACGCAACGAGCGAGCUAUUGGAUAAAUUUAAUGGUUUUCACCAUAAGUUGAAAUUCACCAUGGAAUUGGAAGUGGAUCAAAAGAUCAAUUUUUUGGACUUGACAGUGAUGAGAAAUUCUAAUGGUUCGAUUUGCACCAACUGGUAUACAAAACCAACUGCUUCCGGUAGAAUAUUGAAUUAUUUUUCGGAACAUUCCACAGUGCAGAAGGUGGGCAUUAUCAAAAACCUUAUGUUUCGGGCUUACUCUCUUUCUGAUGUUGACUUUCAUAGAAUAAAUGAGGUGGUGAUCAAAAAAUUGUUGAGGGACAACAACUAUCCAAUUAAUUGGGUCAAUAGGAUAAUGAAUAACUAUCGACAUAGGUUGAAUAAUAGAACUCCAACAAUAUCAAGAGGAGAACAAACGGCGAAAUCUAGUCAUAUUGCACUUCCUUACGUUAGAGGUUUGUCUGAGAAUAUUUGUAGGAUUCUUCGAGAUAAGAUCCCGGAGGUCUCGUGUGCUUUCUAUCCGGUCAGGAAGGUGGGUGAGAUCUUUUCGAAAAUUAAAGAUUCGACUCCCAACAUGUAUAGAUCCAACGUAGUAUAUAGGAUUGAAUGUGGCGGAUGUGACAAGUGUUACAUUGGAAUGACUAAACAAUACUUGAAAAACCGUUUAUACCAACAUGAAUAUGACUGUAGAUUGAGCAACAAAUAUAAGAAUGACAAAACAGCGUUGGCGGAUCACCAUUUUCAAACGGGGCAUUUAUUUGGAUUCGAAGACGUGAAAGUUGUAGACUUUGAGAGAAAUUAUUUCAAGCGAUGUGUCUCUGAGAUGAUUAACAUAUACAUGAACAACACCGUAAAUUUGAGAACAGAUAUUCAAAACCUGAGUGCAAUAUAUGCUAACGUGUUGGAAAAUUAUGGCUGAGUAUGGUUGUCAUAGGUAUGCGGAAACUAUGUUCGGAAACUCAGUCAAUGAGGGGAAAAUUGUUGAAUACACUCUAUCCACCUAAUCAGUUGGUAUUUCGUGUUGCCUAGUUCCAGGUGGAGGAGUUAUUUUGGACUAUUCUGCAUGUGUUAUCUUUCACUUCUUCAUUUCGUUUUUGCCUGUAUUGGAGUCUACGUUGUUCAAGGAACGCAUUUACCUGAAAACUUCAUUUUAAUUCUUGUCAUUCCAAAAACUAUUCGACAUAGCAGUUUUGUUACAAGAGUGAACUGGCGAGUGUGAGUUUUCUUUCUGGGUUGUGCAAUGCUCAAGAGGUGCCUUUGAAUGCCUGCAUGGACCUAAUCGAGAUCAGGGUGGGUCUAGCAUGAAAUUUAAUGAGGAAAUUUAUAAAACCCAAUAAAUAGCCCUGAUGAAGAAUCAAUAAAGAUUCGAAACGUUGGCAAUUUUAACAAGGGUUUUUUGUUUCCCGUUGAUGUUUCACCAGUCCUCAAGCUGAGAUUACCCAUUGUUGACUUAUACUU